UGCAAUCACAUAUCAUGUGAUCAAACAGGUUUGUACUGGACGCAGGCUUUAUAAAAAGGCCAAAUCGACGGCCUUCACUGGGGAUCUAUACUCAUGGAGAAAGGUCGUAUCGACAUGCGACGGAACGCGCUUACCUGGGCGGCGGUCUUUUUGAUCUGCUUUUCAGUUGUGUCAGGACAGGUCGGAAAUCAGGCACCUAGGGUCACUCCCGGUCAGCAGACACUCCGUGUGGUCAAAACAGCACCUGUUGGUACCAACAUUACUACCUUGAACGCCGUGGACGUCGAUGGCCCGUCUCCCGUCAACUUCUUCAUCUCCGACUUCGCCACCAACCAGCUGGUGCAACUAAACUCUGUACCAGGCUCAAGGUCGUCCAUACGUGUACAGCUUAGUUCCAGCCUGGAGGCAGAGCCACCUUCGACGAAAUCCCUGUACAUCGUGGCAUCGGAUGGAAGAUCAAGGACCACUGCUACCAUCACGCUACAGGUGAUCAACCCUGUGUCACCCAUGCUUACCGGACUCAACACUACCGGGCUCCUUUCCAAUCCGCCAGAUGUUCAGGCAGUAGUUUCCAAUCUUCGUCUUCUGACCGAGACUCUUUGUGAUCUGUAUACAAAUCAAAGCCCGGUAUCCGAAUCGCUGACCCGUUUUCGUCUGUUCUGUCUCCUCUUCAAAGCAGUGUACAGUCAACUACCACCAAGCAUCUUUAACCCCGAUGAUACGACAGGUACCAACAACCCCCCAGUGUUCACCAGCCGAGCGUCCUUCACAGUCAGAGAGGGCCUGCCAGCCGGUUAUGAAAUUGGACAGCUGAUAGCUGUUGAUGACGAUGGGCCAGAGGAGAUCACUUUUAAUCUACGUGACUCACAAAACGGGCAACGCUUCCGACUGGGUAAUCCAUCAGGUCAAAGUUCAUCUGGUCGUUUCGUUAUGCUCUACCUUCGCCAGUCUCUUGACAGACAACGGACUCCGCGAGAAGUUCUGUAUGUAACUGCAGAGGAUGGCCAAUCAACGUCUACAGCAACGGUAAUCGUGAAUGUUGUGAGUGCAAACAACAACCCACCAAUGUUCGUCAGGAGGAACACGACAUUUAUAAUUGGAAACUCAUCACUUCCAGGCCUAAGGAUUGGAUCUGUUUUUGCCAUCGACAGGGAUUCGGGAAAUAACGGUCGUGUUUCAUAUUCAUUCCGGACUGUGAAUUCAUCCAUGCAGACAUUCUUCAGCAUGAAUCCCUCAGAUGGUUCUAUUUACCUGAAGAGAAAACUACCAGGAAACCGAAAUGUGACCCUCAUUGUCACAGCAGUGGAUGGAGGUGGAAUGGCAACAACAGCUAACGUCACAGUGCUUGUCCGUGCAUCUAACGGGAACACAAGCAAUGCCUGUGGAAACAGCACCUGCAUGAAUGGUGCAACUUGUAUCAGCAGAGGCAACAGAAAUUACACCUGCUCCUGCAGACCAGGAUUCACAGGAGCCAACUGUACAUACAGAAAUUCCACUUUUGGAUGUUUGAGCAAUCCUUGCCUGAAUGGUGCAUCCUGUCUAAGGGGAGUCAACAACUCUUACAGAUGCUACUGUCGCUUUGGAUACACAGGGUAUAACUGUGCCAGUAAGAACACAAGCAAUGCCUGUGGAAACAGCACCUGCAUGAAUGGUGCAACUUGUAUCAGCAGAGGCAACAGAAAUUACACCUGCUCCUGCAGACCAGGAUUCACAGGAGUCAACUGUACAUACAGAAAUUCCACUUUUGGAUGUUUGAGCAAUCCUUGCCUGAAUGGUGCAACCUGUCUAAGGGGAGUCAACAACUCUUACAGAUGCUACUGUCGCUUUGGAUACACGGGGUAUAACUGUGCCAGUAAGAACACAAGCAAUGCCUGUGGAAACAGCACCUGCAUGAAUGGUGCAACUUGUAUCAGCAGAGGCAACAGAAAUUACACCUGCUCCUGCAGACCAGGAUUCACAGGAGUCAACUGUACAUACAGAAAUUCCACUUUUGGAUGUUUGAGCAAUCCUUGCCUGAAUGGUGCAUCCUGUCUAAGGGGAGUCAACAACUCUUACAGAUGCUACUGUCGCUUUGGAUACACGGGGUAUAACUGUGCCAGUAAGAACACAAGCAAUGCCUGUGGAAACAGCACCUGCAUGAAUGGUGCAACUUGUAUCAGCAGAGGCAACAGAAAUUACACCUGCUCCUGCAGACCAGGAUUCACAGGAGUCAACUGUACAUACAGAAAUUCCACUUUUGGAUGUUUGAGCAAUCCUUGCCUGAAUGGUGCAACCUGUCUAAGGGGAGUCAACAACUCUUACAGAUGCUACUGUCGCUUUGGAUACACAGGGUAUAACUGUGCCAGUAAGAACACAAGCAAUGCCUGUGGAAACAACACCUGCAUGAAUGGUGCAACUUGUAUCAGCAGAGGCAACAGAAAUUACACCUGCUCCUGCAGACCAGGAUUCACAGGAGUCAACUGUACAUACAGAAAUUCCACUUUUGGAUGUUCGAGCAAUCCUUGCCUAAAUGGUGCAUCCUGUGUAAGGGGAGUCAACAACUCUUACAGAUGCAACUGCCGCUCUGGAUACACAGGAUAUAACUGUGCGAGUAGGAACACCAGCAGUCCUUGCGGCACAUGCCGCAAUGGUGGAACUUGCAUCAGAGCAAUCUCUGGUGGAUACACGUGUAACUGCCUUGUUGGAUUUUCGGGAGACAAUUGUGAAUACACUGAGGGAACUCCGAGGUUUAUGGUUCGUUCCACAACAGUCAAUGUCAGCGAGGCAGCACCAAUAGGGACGCAGCUUCUGCGGUUGAACUUGCUAUCACCCACACAACGUGUAACAGUGUCUUCAAGUGACAGAACGGGGACAAUACGUCUGAGACUCACUAUUGUCGGGUCAUCUGCAUCCAUAUCAGUGUCUCUUGGCCGCUCACUGGACAGAGAGAGGGUAAACAGAAUGAAUUUUACGAUCUUCGCCUAUGACGGUAACUAUGGGGAUUCGACAAAAUUGAUUCUCAACAUAACGGACGUCAAUGACGAGGCCCCCAUUUUCACCUCACCAGUGUACAUCGCCGUCAAUAAGGCAACUCCAGUUGGAGCAACGCUAAUGAUAGUCAAUGCUACUGAUGCGGACGCUGGCCAAAACGGAAAUGUAUCCUACAGUAUUUAUGGAGGGACAUCAGGCGCAAAUCGAUUCCGUUUGAACAGGACCUCGGGUGUGUUGUCAGUUAAUGGCUCGCUCAGUACCAUCACCGCCGACACCGUGUCACUCUACAUCCAGGCGAAGGAUAAUGGAAGUCCCUCGCUAUCUACAAUUGCAACGAUCAGCAUCAGACUGAGCAACUCAGCAAUACCUGCCAAUUCAUCCUUGAGGUUCCAGCCGAAUGUAUACUCCACGUCAGUCCCGGAAAACAGUAAUAGGGGCUCUUUCCUGGUCCAGUUGGCACUGGUUGACGCUGACCAAAGACUAGGAGGCCUGGCCAUGUCCCUUCGAGACCCCACAAACACGGUGUUUGCGAAUGACUUCAUCAUUAACAACAAUGUCACCUACAUAUCGCUAAGACUCAAUCAAACAUUGGAUAGAGAAGUAUUAACCAGCAAGACUGUGGUAGUCAUUGCCGCCACCAAAACGCCACCACUUAUCAGCGCUACGUGCACGGUCAACAUUCAAAUUGUUGACGUCAAUGACAAUCGGCCCGUAUUCGAGAGCCCUAGAUACACAGCAACUGUACAGUCGGGUAUCCAAGUGGGCAGUAUGGUGGCGGCAGUCAGCGCUACAGAUAGCGACACCGGGAAUGCUGGGCAGGUGUUCUAUAGAUUCACACAGAGAUCUACCGAAUUCAGUAUCAACGUCAACACCGGCCUGAUCACAACACAAGCCACACUUUCGCGCAUUGCAAAUACAGUCCAGACUAUAGCAGUUCUUGCACAGGAUAACGGUACUCCACCCUUGAGUGCCACGGCUAUUGUGGACAUUCAGGUAACGGGACAACCAGAUGACACAGGCAACACAGGUCCCGUGUUUGACAGAUCCCAAGUCAACGUCAUCGUCCGGGAAAAUUUGCCUGCCAAUACAGUCGUAACCACAUUAACAGCUCGCUAUUCCAAUGCUGGUCAAAGCAUCUCAUUCAUAAUGGAAGAUGACUACAAUUCACUCUUCACGUUACAACCAACUCUUACCAACACUGGAAGUAGAAUUGCCAUAGUGGCAAACGGACCUUUCGACAGAGAAAUUUCUCCACGAUACCUCUUGAAAGUUAUUGCCAUGGGUGGACGUCAAGAGGCCACCGCUACAGUGACAGUUGGGGUGCAAGACGUUAACGACAACGCCCCUGUUUUCAGCCAACAACUGUACAUUACCUCUAUUCCAGCUAGUACCCCAGUCAGCAGUAUCAUCCUCCAGACCCAGGCGACGGAUGCUGACAUUGGCAACAAUGGACAAGUUACUUACCGGAAACAAACAAACACAGCCCAAGAUUUGUCAGGGUCCUUCCAAGUAGAGAGCUCCACUGGUCGUGUCAUCAUCGUGGCCUCGCUUGCUAACCUGGCGGGGAGGACUGUCAACUUCUCCGUCAUAGCAACUGACGAUGGGACCCCAGCCCAACUGUCGACAACCAAUGUGACGAUCAGAGUCAUCAGUGAUGGUGACAACCAAAGUCCAGUCAUUCAAGGAGUUCCGACAACCAUCAGGGUCCCUGAAAACACCCCGACAGGGACCAUUCUCAUGCUUGUCCUGACCUCUGACCUCGAUGGCCCUAACAGGGUGACCUUGUCUUUGCCUGACCGAGAGUCAUUCGAUACCGUCCAAAUUGGGGGUUCAAUCAACAACGAAACAGCUACCCUGACCAGGAUAACCCUGAAUACAUUCCUCAAUCGGGAACUUGAGGCGACUAAGGUGUUUAGGAUCGUUGCCUCUGACGGACAAAACUCAGUCACGUCAACAGUGACAAUCGUCAUCGAGGACGUCAACGACAACACCCCCACCUUCACGUCAUCGUCCUACUCUUCUACCUUAUCCACAUCCAUGGGUGUCGGAAAUUCCGUGCUGACCGUGUCUGCGACUGACCCUGACCAGCGGGAAAACGGCACUGUCCAGUACUCUAUCCAGUCGUCGACAGCACCUGGAUACUUCAGCGUCAAUCAAAACACAGGAGUUAUCCUUGUCACCAACUCCUUGACCUCUCUGGACGGUCAGACGGUCACUCUCAGGGUGGAGGCGAGAGACAGAGGUUUGCCUCUUUCCCUGAAUGCGUCGGUCCUGGUGAGAUUGAGGAUACAGUCUAGUCCAGUAACAGUUGAAGACAACGUGGCACCGACGUUCCCUCAGCAGGUCAUGACCUUCACCGUCAGAGAAAACAAUAUCAACGGGAGCUACAUAGGCUCUAUUCGAUCCUUUGACGCUGAUGGCCCAGAGGAAGUGACCAUGCGCAUUGCGGGCGACACUGCUUUCAAUGGCGGCUACCUUGUUAGAUCCCUUCUGUCUCAGACCGGGGAUAACUCUUUGAUAUAUUACCUGGGCAUCAACACCGUGUUUGAUCGAGAGAGGGACCCUGAGAAUAACACUGUCCUGCUGAUUGCCAGCGACGGGUUGGCUGAGACCACUGCGACUGUGAUGAUUAGGGUGGAGGACUUGAACGACAACGUCCCAGUGUUUACUCUACCUACGUACACGGCAUCUGUUGCAGAAAGUUCCCCAGUCAACACCAUUGUAAUCCAGCUGGGGGCUUCAGAUGCGGACUCCGGACUCUUCGGGGAAAUCACAUACACCAUGAGGUCAAGUGAUCCGAUCGGCAGUCAAGCCUUCAGAAUAGACGAAAGAACUGGCACCAUCAUGACAUCAGGAUUGCUGUCUGGGCGGACAGGGAGCCUCGUUCUCACAGUGACUGCAACGGACGGAGGUCGAAGGCCAUCCACAGUCGAUGUCAACGUCACGAUUGUCUAGAAAUCAACAACCAGAUAUCUGGAUCAGACCUGUAUACUAUCAUCUGCUCAACACUAUUUCUCUAUUUUGUACCCACCCAACUGUCCUGUUUCUCAACCCUGGAUCUGCCUCUGGACUCAAUGGAUGUGCUGAAAAAUGUGUUCAUUAUUUUGAAUUAUCGGACUGUCCUUUUCACAGAAGUGACUGAAAAAGAUCAGUUUAAAACAAUAAUCCCACAAAAAUUGCUACCAAUUCUACAAUAAUGGAUAUACAUGAAUUACACCAUACAAUAUCCCAUUUUCAAAAGUGGUAAAUCACUAAAAUGCAUUGCCAUGAGGAACCAUCAUGUUUGGCUGCAAAUCAUUUAAAUGUAAGCAUUUCAGAAAUAUCUGUACGUCCCAAAGAUCAUUCCAUUCAAUGUAGAUAUGCAUCUUCUCCUUCUUUGAAUAAAUAGUUUGCUGUA